AUGGCUGACUGCUGGAAAGAGGAACCUCGCUCUCGUCCCAGUUUCUAUCAACUGAUCGAAAAACUGGAGGUGAUAAUGGAGAGGGAUGCACCAUACUUGCAUCUAAACGAACACAAUGAAGAUCGUCCAUAUUACAACGUGCCACCUGAAGCUAGUGAUGAUUAAAUAUGGAGAAGGAGCUUCCCCAGUAAUCAGACAAUUUCAGAUCAAACGAGUAUAAACAGUUAACCAGUAAUGAUCAUUUCGAGAAAGUAAUCUUAAAACGUUUGAAUAGGAAGUAAAAGUAGAAGCAUGGCAAGAACCGUAUUAGCAGUAAGGCACCUGGGAUCUAAUCAGGACUGAGCCCUUUACCCAGGAAUGUUCUUGCAAAACGCCUGGGUCAUAGCGUGCUAGAUUUAUAUGUUUUAGACUGUUUUUAGGUUCCUCGAUCUCUCACGUAAAAAUAAAAACAAAUCAUUAAGCUGUCACAUGCUAGCUGUUUUCGUUUCUUCACUAUCUGCAGCCUGCGUAGUCAGCGGGAUCUGAAGCGCGUCCAGAGUUUUGGCAGAGGACCUGCAAAGCCGCUCACCUUGGGGAAGAAGAGGAGACGUUUUGAAAUUCCCUCGCAGCUUCACCGCCAUAACUCUCACACGCGCGCGCGCGCCAAAAAUUGGGAGGGCCAGCUGAUCUAACAGGCAGCCCAAGCGCAGUAUGGUUGUUGCAUGUGGUACAAUAUUGCAAAAUGAAAGGAAACUAUUGAAGAUUCGUCCGGGGCGGUAAUAGAUUCAAGAAGAAAGUUAUUAGCAGAAAUUAAUUAGCAAUUAAUGAAUGAGGCUGAGUAUCUCAUGAAGAAUUAUGGAUAUCGUGCGGCCUCGACGGAUAACACCCUCCGAGAACUCCAUAAUUCUUCAUAUGAUACGAAAGCCGAAUUCAAUAAUUGUUUUUGUUAUUCAUUCAAAAUAAUUCCUAGUUUAAAACAUGACUAAAACACGCCUAUCUCCAUCGAUCCAUCGAUGUUAAGUUCAUCCUAGAUAGUGCACGUUUAGGGUUCACCUACGCAAAUAUUCUCCAAAUAGCAGAUGUCGCCCUUCGAGUUGUCGUCUUGUUUUUCUUGCCAUGUUUUUAGCUAUUUUUCCGCCUAUUUUUUCAAGUUAACAACCAAAACAAGUCAACCUCGUCCCCAGGUCUUCUCGGUUGACUGUGCAUUAACCUGUAAGAACGCUGCACUUUUGACCUCAUUUCCUCGCUAAACACAAAAUUCCUCCAAAUUUAGUCAUCAGUAACCGGUUAUGGUGAAUUAAACGUGUGCUUUCAGCCAAUCAGAAUCGGGAAAAUAUUUUGAAUGAAUAAUAAUUCUCAAUAAACACAUCUCUGACGUUACUUAAAUUGGGUGUUUUUGCUUUUUGGCAAAAAAAAAAAAAAAAAAAAAAAAAAAAAACAUGAGUGAGCCGCCAACGAUCGAAUGAAAAAAUGUUCGUUGAGUUGAUGGGACUGAGGAGCGAUGAGGAUCUAAGGAAUUUCAAGGUCAUUUGAGAGGGGGCUUAAUAAAGACGGGCGACUUAUUUAAUUUAGAAAGAUGAUGGUAUGAGUUCUCCGUAAAGAACUUGAGUACAAAGUGGAAAAGCUCAAGUACUUAAGGAGAUUGGAGGUCAUGCACCCUAGGAUCAGAAGCAAAUCCGAACUUCCAGAGUUGGUAAUGGAAACAUUUCGUCUCAGUCCACACCGAAGUUUUACGGUCUAUCAUUUAUUAGUGAAGAAUAAUUAGGGGAGAGGAUGGGGGGCUGGGGGCUUACUAACUUUCUUCCCCAGAAAAGGGGGGCGGGGUUAUUGGGGGGAGGGAGCUUAUUUAUCUUAUUUAUUAGAGAUUGAGACGGGGGGCUUAAUAGAGGAUUUACGGCAUACUUGACAUGAUCCAGUACGAGAAAUAUCUUCUUGAGCAGCAAAACCUUUGCGGUGCUUAGGGCUUCGAGUGCGUCAGGUUUUAGAAAUCUUGCUUGAACGCACUUACAGCUAUCCCAAAUUUCCCGUCCUUUGGAUGGGUGGAAUCGAAAACCCCAGCAGACGAUCUGGUCCCAGUUGUUCAAAAGGUGGAUAGCGGUAUCCGAUGGAUAAAUCUCUAUCUAGUGGAUAACGCAAUUGGUUUCCCAAAUACUUAUCCACCGGGUAGUGAUUUAUCCGGUGGAUAGCGCUAUCCAGCUUUUGAACAACCGGGGCCUGGGGCCUAGGCUCAUUUGCGCCCGCAAGGUAUGGCGGUAAUAAUCAAAAUGCGGGAAACGAGAGAAUAUUCACAACCAAGGGAUUUGGGUGUAAAAAUACCCAAAAUGAUGGCUUUUUCCUUUAAAUUGCUAUAAUCAGAAGGUAACCAUGGCUCUAUCUAGUCCAGAAUCACCUGUUCCGCCACGCCGGGUUGUAAUUAAUCGCACUGAAAACCCGAGCGAGGAACACGAGGAGCUGAACAAGAUGGCGCACGGCGUUGUGGCAGAAAGUCGAAGGUUUGUAUUCAUGGUUGAGUUUUCUUUUAUGUAGCAAGGUUUCGCUUGGUUGUGUUAUUAAUGGAGGGAACUUAUUUAACUUAGAUAAUUUACUGAAAUUUUAAAAGGUGUAUAUGCACACGAGCCCAAGCCUAGCUUGAUUUAUUACAUGGCCAUAUGCAUUAUUUCUAUUUUAUGCAUUAUUUUUAUUUUAUGGUGCAGUAAUAGUAAUAGGAGGCAGGUUUUUCUGAAGGGUGUUUUUAUCCAAAAUAUCAAUCGAAUACUCAAGGAGAAAAAAAUAAAGCAAUAAAUCAUUGGUUGGUUGUUUUUUAACAGUCACAGAAUCAUGAUCAACAUGCAGUGCAUACCAGCAGCCUUUACUAACCGUUGAUCAGUUUGUACAGUACUGUUUUCUCAUUUCAUUUUGUUUGUAUAACUGCUUAUUUUACUCAUUUGACCUUAAGACGGAAUCCACCAGGAAAUUGAAUAAUUUUGAUUUUCAGUGGACAAAAACCUUGUACGAGAAUAAUUUAAAGCAUAUUGCAUUCUUUUUUACAUUUUUUAAGGGCUAAAGAUGUAAUUAGUCAUCUGUAAUAAUACCGAAGAAAAUUUCCUAUAGACGCCCAAGAAAAUAAAAUGCCAAAUUUCACAAAAUUGCAUCUUUCACAUGAAAUUUUCAGAACUAAAUUAAAAUUACUCAAUUUUCCGGUGGAUUCCGUCUUAAUACUAGGCCUAUUUUUAGGCCUGCUAUUCCAAACCAACUGUUAACUCACUUUUGUAGCACAAUAUAUGCCAUGCCACGUCAAGCUGUUUAAAUUCCAUGCUUGUUUUGUUUACAGUGAAGAUGUCUUCUCAAGCUAUGCUUGCAACUCAUUAAAUCAUAGAGGAAUUAAACAUCAUCUGGGGGAUAUUGGAGAAGCUGGUUGCUUGGCGGUAAGUAUGUAUACUACAUGUUUUUUGAAAUAGCUUGAAAAUCAAACCAAAUUUGUCCCUAGUGUGGUUAAACAAGCAUUAGACCUUGUUUGAGUCAGAAUUUUCUUUGUUUCCUAGCCUCAACAAAGAGAAGUCAUUAUGUCAUGUUGCCCUGCUUACUAGCAAAAUUCCUGGAUCUCAGCAAACUGUGGCCCUGCAAUUAUAUGGGAGAAAAAAAUAGGACUGUAUGACUUUCCUAUGAUUGCACUUAGGACUUUUCUUUCAUCAUCCGAAAAUACAAAUCAUGAAAUGGCCAUUUCUGUCUUGAAAGAAGGACUGUUGAGAUCCAGAAAUCUUGUUACAUGAUUGUAAAGUGAUAUCACGCUUUUCCCAAUUAUUUGUAGGGGACAAAGAUAACAUUAUUCCAUUUUAUCUGAGAACAGUUUAUUCUCACAAUGUUCAACUGUCUGCGCUAUUGAUAUUUUUGUUUUUAAAAAGGUUGUUUCAUUUUGCGGGUUUUACUGAUGAUUAUCUUUUUAAAGUAAAUGCACAAUAAAAUGGCUACUGAUUUAAUGUAUGUCCCCUCUCUUUUCUAGGCACAGCAGCUACCACAAGCUAAAUACUAGUCAUUGUUUAAAUCGCUUCCACAAGAUUUAGUAGAGACAGGUGAUGAUAAUUGACUUAUUUACUUUGACCAACAUUCUGGUUAUUCUCUUGUUUCUUUAAGUCUCUGUUACUUGUGGCUCUCAAGUUCUCUUAGUUUCCUUUGCUCUGUGGCUCUCUGUUAUGCCUGGUUUUCCUGAUUCUCAUGGUUGGUAUUUCUCAUGGCUCUUCCUGUUAUCGUGGUUCUUGUACAUGUAGUUCUCCUCGGUUUUGUGAUCCUCCACAAGUACAUGAACCAGCCUCUGAGGACUACAAGAACCACAGAAACAGGAGACCAAUGAAUCAUGAUGCCAAUAAGAAGUAGCAAACCAUUUUAAAUUCAAGAAUCAGAAGAACCCAUAAGACCAUUGAGACCCUGGCAAAAAAUGAUGAUACCGAUGAAAAACAUGUGCGACCAUUCAAAUGAGACCUCUUCAACUGUACUUUCACAUGGCAUCAGACUAAAAAACUAAUGGUUUUUUCCACAUUUACAUGUAAAAACUCUUUAAAAAUGAAAUUUGAAAUUUUUGUUGAAUUGGACACUUUGGUCACUUGUUGAAAAGAAGGGGUUUACAUAUAGUUGGGUUUUACUUACAGCAGCUUUGCCCCCCUCCCCCCUCCCCCCUCCCCCCUUCCCCCUCCUUUAAUCAGACACCAAAGGGACAGAACCAAGUGUCCACUUUACAGAGCUGUCUGCUUUAAUUACUCAUUUAAAGUAAUAUGUAUAAAGUUAGAUGUCUUUAAGCUAUAUAUGUGCAAGACAGAGAAUUGUUGUGUCCAUUUGCACAUGGCUAAAAGUUUGUGUAACAACUCCCAACAACAUGCAACAACAUUGCAACAACAUGCAACAGGGUGUGCCAAUGGACGCAACAUGUAACAUUCAACAAUGUUGAGAGCUGUUGGCCGACAAUGUUGCAUACAUUUGCAUGAGGCUGUAGGAUGAAAAGACCUUAUAGAGGUGUUUGCAUGGAGGGGUUUGAUCAUAUUUUAGGUGAUAAUUUUGUAAUAAUAUUGAUAAAGGGAAAUGUUGAUAAGCCUAUUUUUUUUGUUUACAUCAGGCAAACUAAGUGAUUUGCAACUGGAAGGAGUUUUGUAUGCUGUAAGUAUAAUUAUCACCUUAUUAGUAUCAAGAACUCUGUCAACAUUUGUCGGCUUUUGUAUUGCUCUAUCUUCUGUCCACGUAAAGCAUUUAAAGUAUUUGGGAAAAGAUGGAUUUCCAGCUAAAAAUAAAUUCAUUACAAAAAAGGCCCUUCCAGCUGCUGGGGAGAUGUGGUAGCAGAGAGUGUGUUAUUGCACAGUCGUGGUCUUGAGUAAUAAAAUCAAGUUAAACAGCAUGAAAAAUUCAUUUUAUAAACUGCUGUUGAUUUUUUUUAAUAGUGUCAAAGACAUCAGAUGGUCCUUGCCAAUGGACAGAGAGCUGGAUUCUUUAUAGGGGAUGGUGCUGGGGUUGGAAAAGGAAGACAAGUGAGUACAUUUUGUUUUUGUACAAUUUCAUGCUGUUAAGUCGAUGAACUGUUGCUUUGUUUAUUUAGACAAAAAUCAAGAACAAUGGCCAUUUUCACUGAGGUGCAAAUUUACCUCAUUUUCAUGUUUGCAAAAGCACUUGCCUCGUUUUCAUUUUAAAACCAUGUGAUAUCACUUGUAUUUUCCAUUGCCUCCACAUUGCCUCCAAACCAUGUUAAACCACUCAAGAAUUGGAGUUACUAUCGCAUUUUAUUAAUCUUUGAUCAGCUGGUAGGGUGUGACAGUUGGUACGGGCGUUCAAAAGAACAUACAUGGUUGAUCAUACAACCUUGAAAAGGUCUUAAUUCUACUACUAUCAUCUUGAAAAGUCCUUGAAUUUGGUUUAGGUCCUUGAAAAGUACUUGAUUUCUUUAUUAGGUCAUAAAAAGUCUUUGAAAUUCACAACCUUGUCUACGCCAGACAUCUUUUUCUGUAAAAUUAGAUUAUUUUGCCGAGGAAAAUUCGGCUCAUCCUCGGUGUAAGAAUUGACCUGUAAAACUCAUGGGUAACUAUGCUUAAUUUCUGCACCUCAGAUGCAAUUGCACGUCAUACCCAGUCAUUUUGCAAAGUCUUGUUAUGGAAAGGAGUAUAAAAUAAUGUGAUCAAUGAUAUGGCCAAAGAAGUCAAGACAUGUUUUAGCCAAUAGGGUGAUCAAAGGGGGUUAAAGAAUGCCUAUGAUUUAACAGAAAUAUCGUAGUCCUUGAAAACUGUAAUUUGUCCUUGAAAAAUUCUUGAAAUGUCCUAGAAAUUUGUUUGUUUGAAGUUGUACAAACCUUGAAUAUAGAACUGUUUGACUUUAAGCCCAUUAAAUUUGUUGUCAAGAUUACACUCCAGUUGUUUUCUACUGUAGAUUGCUGGCAUUGUGUUGGACAAUUUUGCACGUGGAAGAUCCAGACAUAUAUGGUUUAGUAUUUCAGCUGACCUACGAUUAGAUGCCCAAAGGUGUGUUCAGAUUAUUUUUUAGCCAAAGUCUGAUUAUGUAUUCAAUGGAAUUUUGACCUUUUAACCCAUUCGCCCCUGAACCGCCCAUAACCGCCCGUGCGGAUCCAGGUCCUUUCUACCCUUUGUGACGUCAUCAGUUUUAACGGUCAAGGACAACUUUCUUCGGACAACUUUCUUCGCACACGUGUGCAGAAUGAAGAGAUCUUUCAAACCAUACCAGAAUGAGCACAAUUCAGUCAAGGACACCGGAGAAAGAAGCAAAAACCCACGUGACAAGGACCUGAAAAUCUCCAUGAAAAUCUUGUUCCAUUACCCACCUACCUUUCCUUUCACCUAAUCCUAAGAUCCUAAAAGCUUUCCUAAAAACUCUUCCCACCAAAAUGAAGCCUACUAAAUGCCCAGCAAGAGAAAAAAAAAUGAGGCAAGAAAAGCGCAGAAAGAAGGGAGGAGAGAAAGCGAAAAGUAAAAGUCAAGACUGCUGUGUCACUUUUGAACCCAAAAACUAUGUCGAAAUUUUGCUUUCUGCGCAUGCCCGAACUUCGCAAGCUGAUAUUUUGCAUCUGGAUCAGAAGGCCGCCAAGUGUAUGACCUGUAAACCGGUUUGUGGUAAGUUUUAGCUCUUUAUAGCACGACAGUGACCAGAAAACCACUCGACUAGCUUCAAAACGCGUUUUUCGGCAAAAUCUCCAGGAGCGAAUUGGUUAAGUCAAUGAUUUUAACCCAUUCACUCCUGGGAAUUUUUCCAAAAAAUACGUUUUAAAAAAGUCUGCUCUCUAUGACUUAUUGGCAAGGUAGGUUUUAUUACAGAUUAGAAGUCGUAAACAGGAUUUUCUUUUUCAAAAUCAUCUUCUGGUCCCUCAGUCGAUCCUACAGGAUGCGGGCAGUAAAUUAUUUUGCAUCUUUGGAGAUCUGAUGCAUCAGGAGCACAGGAUGCACAGGCAGGGGUAACAAAAUCACUGCAGCAUUAAGUUCAUAAUUCCACAUUUUUUUCGCGCUUUUAUGUGUAACCCAUUCACCCACUAGAACAAAAUGGUCUGGGGGUAAUAUUGGAAGGAAUAUUCAGAAGCAUUUCCACACCAAUUAUCCAAUAAAAUCGAUAAAAUCGGCUUUGGAUUUGGAUUCACUGAUUCUGGACCAUGACAGAUUUUUCAUGAUGUGAAUCCCUACAGCAGUUUGUUACAAAAUCAGGGAUGCUGGUAAUUGCUCUCUCUCUGUAUAGCUGUAAAAUACUAUAUUAACCCAAGAAACUGACAAAUUUCUGAUUGUUUUUCAUUAGUUUGUCAGAGAUUUACAUGACAUUGGUUGUUUUGUCAAAGUGAUAGACGGUUGUCAGCAGCUGGAUAAAGAAACCAGGUACAUGAACUCGAAUACCAUGGGUGCAUUAGAGUGGGGCUAGAGGGCCAUGCCCUUCCCUGCCUUUUUGUCUUAAAUGUUGUUAAAUUUUAGCGAAAAUUCUCUCAACAUCUGUCUUCCAGAAUCUCAAUUUUUGGACAAAAUGCUCUCAGAGUUCUCCCUCUUUUGGAAUUUUUUAAAUCUUUCUCUGAAUACUACAAGUUAUCUACACUGGCUGGUGUCCAUUGUUAUCAUUAUGUAACACAAUAUAUUCUUGGGCAAGGUACAUAAAUUCCUUUUCUUAAUAAUGAUUUUCUAAGAGUUCUUUUUCAAACCAAUCUGUGCAUGCAAGUUUCAUCAAAUUUCAUUUUCCUUCAAUUCAGGUGUAUUAUUUUUUCCCCAAGUAAUAAUCUGAUCCAAAAUCUUUCCAAGCCAACUAUUGCUUCCUACAGUGUAAAAGAAAGGAGAAGUCACCCUGCCAUGGUAGCAAAAUUUCUGGGUCUCAACAAACUGUGGUCCUGCCAAUAUGGUGGGGAAAGAACAACAAAAGAUUUUUUUGUGCAUUAUUGCACUUAGGAAUGAAAGGGUUGCUGGUAUUUUCCUUCCAUCAUUGGACAAUACAAAUGGCUGUCCGUCUCUGUCCAGGAAGAUUAUUGAUCCAGAAAUCUUGCUUCCAUGAUAACGUGACAUCACUCAUCUCUCUAUGGAAGCAAUAUUUUGUGAUUUAUUUGACAGUAAUGAUAGAUCAGUAGGAAUUUUAAUACAAAUCCAAUACUAUUGACAUUAUUUUGUUUUACAGAGUAUUUGGCUUACCUGCUGAUUUUAAAGAGAGUGUUGUCUUCAGUACAUACACAACACUGGUGUCGUCUGUUCAAAAAGGUGAGCCUGCAGUGUGAAUGUCAUCUAUCACUAACAAUACACAAGGUUCCUGUUUUUGUUGAUCUGUUUUAUUAUCUUUUUGACAGGUGCCAAUCGUCAGAGCAGAUUGCAACAGCUCAUAGACUGGUGUGGUGGUGAGCAGUUUAAUGGAUGCCUCAUAUUUGAUGAGUGUCAUAAAGUAAAGCAUUUUGUUCCUGUAAGUGAUUUACAGUAGUUUAGCCCUUAUUCUUUGCAUUCAUAAUUGCAACAAAUACAUGUAAAUACCUUAUUUAGGGCAAAAAAAAAAAAACAGAUUGACUUUAAUGUACAAACUUAGUCAUAAUCUAGUAGACAUAAACACAGAAGAACACUUAAUACCAAACAGUGAAUUAAGAACACGCAACAGCCAUGCUUUUAAGUAUAGAAUGCCAAAAGUUUCUAAGGAUGUUUUUAAGUUUUCCUUUUUUCCUAGAUCAAUAACAGAGUGGAACUCACUUCCCUGAUUUUAAGUUAAAUUUAGGAAAGUACGUGAAAUAAGUGAAGUAAAUUAUAAUUUUGAAUUACAAUGUAUCAUCUAUUUAUUUUGUUAUUUGACAUAUUUACGUUUAUUCAACUUAUGCAUAUGUACAUAUACGUAUAUAUAAUAUAAAUAUAUUAUAUCUUAUUUUAGCUUUUAUUACAGUUGAUGUGAUGUCUUAUAAGAGUUUAUCAACUUAAUAAAUGUAGAUGUAGAUGUAGUCUAUGUAGAUGAAAAAGCAUGGUUUAUUAGAAACUGCCACUAUCUGAUCAUCAUUAUACAAUUUAUGUUUCGUAUGAAGUGGAUGAGAGGACAACAGUUUGUGUUCCCUUUACCGUCAUUACAUACAGUUCACACAAAGCAUGACUGGGCACUGGGUUUCUUGAGAAUGGAAUUGGUCUUGUUACACUCAUUAAUGAAUGUACAACCAUUACACUUUCCACGCAAAUUCACUGAUCAGUCAGAGUGAUGCAUAUUGACACCAGAGACAGAUGUUACAAGUCAUGGAUUCAACUAAGUACUCUGCUCACUGCAGCUUAUUUCAUUUUAGGGCAAAGAAGAGUCCAGCGCAAAAGUUGCUCUUGCUGUCACAACAAUACAAAGGUAUGAUAAAGUUAUUCAACUUCAUUUUUGAAUAUCAAUUGUUACAAUGUAGCAUGUAAUUAACACUCUAAUGUAAUAAUUAAAGUGCUAAUAAUUUUACAACUUGAAAGAAGCAGGGAGCAGAGAUGGAGCAGUUGUGAUCGAGCACUUGCCUCCCACCAAUGCAGUUCAAGUUCAAUUUCCAGAGUUGAUGCCAAAAACGUUGGGAGGGGAGGUUUGGCGAGUGAGCCAAUUAAAGUAACUGUACGCGUCUGCUCAAAAUUAAAAACGAGCUGAAAAUCGGUUUUUACAAAUAAAGUCGGGAAGAAUUCUCGAUAUUUUGCGGGCGUUUUUAUUAAAACGUUUAUUUCCGAUAUGAGAUGAUUAUAGCCAACUCAUAUCCAACACGCACUUGUGGAAUGAUUGUUAAAUAUACCUGACCUCCUUACUGUCUCUACAGAGUUCCCCCCAGCCUUCCCCUACAGUGACUGCUGUGCCCAAAUUUUCUCUGCUUUACAGAUUUAUUCUUUUUUCACUUCAUAGAAUGCUACCCAAAGCUCGUGUUGUGUACUGUAGUGCAACUGGUGUGACAGAUGUAAAAAAUAUGGUAGGUGCAGAGUAAAGUAUUAUUUCAUAUAAUUUACAGUAACGUGAUUUUAACUGAGUGUCAGGAAACAGUAUGUUACUAUUAAAAGGUAUCCAACUUUGCUUUGCUAGUUUUUCGCAAACAAUGCACUAAGUAAAGGCUGGCAUGUACCUUUUAAAAGUACGCUGUACGCCGUUAGCAUCUUAUGUGAUACCACUGUACAAAGUUAAAACUUUAAAGUGACACUUGAUCUUGCGACUUGAUCUUGUACCUGGGAACAAAGAUUUUUUAAGGCGAAAUACCGUCGGUUGCAUCUAAGCGUGGACACGAGACAAAAAAAAAUGUUCUAAUAGGGUGCCAGAUAUGACGUGUUUUGCCGCCAAACAUUUGAAGUUUGACAGCCGUUAAAGCAAACUGUCAAGCCAAAGGUAAGUUUGUAGCCAAUUAGAACAAGUUUUUUCCUCAGGUGUACACGCUUAGAUGCAACCGACAGUAAUUAUGAUCGUCGGGAUGAGUGUACUGAACAGGACUGUUGUUUACAGUGAUUAACGUUGUGACAGGUCUUCAGGCCCUAUCCACAUGUAUCGGGAUAGCUUUGAAAAGGAAGACUUUUUUCUCCAUUCUUGCCUCCAUCCUCACAUAAACGGCCUUUUCAAAAAGACCCAGAGGGGAGAUUUUUUAAAACGCCGGCUUCUCGUUUAAAGUGGGCUGUCGAAAACGGAGAUUUGUGAACACGAUUAUGUCAUGCACCAUAUACUACUAGUAUUACGCAUGCUCUGUAAGGGAUGCUAUCGUCUUUCCAUCGUUUUAGGGUUUUCAUGUGGACAGGCGAAAACGAUUCAAAUACGAUUCAUGAAGACGCCUAUUUUUUUUUUUGAAAAUCGUGGAAAAAAUCCCCAUUUUCGAAAAUAUCCGGAUACGUGUGGACAGGGUGUCAGGGUCAAAGUCAGUUGUAUCACCUCAGUUGAUGGUAUUAAACUCUGGUUCAAGGUACAUGAUUUCUAGGUACUCAGUAGAAGAGCACAAAGACUCUUGUUGCAUGAAGUUUUUAAACUCUACAAUAAUUGCUGACAGAUUAUUACAGCAACCAUGUCUAGAAACCUUAGGUUUCUGACAAUGUUCCCAUUCAGUCCAAUAGUCAAUCAAUACAGUACACUGAUACAGUGAUUUGAUUAUUUUCAGGCAUUUAUGGAGAGACUUGGUUUAUGGGGAGAUGGAACAGCAUUUAAAUCGUUUGAUUCUUUUCUAGCCAGCAUAACUAAGAGAGGUCUUGGUAAGUGGCAUAGUUUUCAGCCUAGACUACGAGCAGUUUCUCUGUUUUCUUAGUCCGUCGUGCAAAACACCGAGACACGCAAAUGACCACGCGCAACACUCUCUCGCGCGCGUGCCCUCCCCUCACUAAAUCUGAAGAAAAGGAGAGGCUGCUGGCUGUCUAUUUUCAGCCCCAAUGAUCCACAUACAAAUUCUCCCGACUGAUCCCCCUACCUUUCCUUAAAGAAUUAGUUGAGAGAUUUUGGUGAUUAUUUUAUGAAUUCUCUAAACUUUUUCUUGUAAUGAUUUAUGGAUAUUUUUAGGAGAAAAUUGAUGUUAAUCACGUUUGGUACUCAGUGGGAUAAAGGGGUUAUAUCAGGAUGACGUCCAUAUACUUGUCAAUGUUGAGCUGAAUUUGUACUUGGAACUCUAAAAAGAAAGCUAUCAAAUGAUUCGAUCUAAGCCAAGGGGAAGUAACGCAUGUUCGUUUCUGGUCAUUUUUCGAAGAACUCCUGCCUGCCGUACCAUGCUUAGCUGUGAUAGGAGCGUAAAAGAUCUUAAGCGGCAGCGCUUCCUUGGACCGGUUCUGGCAAAUUACUCGAAACCUUAACCAAAUAUAUGGGUACACCACCUGUACUGUAACCGUGGAGAGACGGCUAGCUAGGCUAUUGGCUAGAACGGUGAUGCGCCAUGGCGAUGCUAUUACCGCGUCUCGGAAAUCAUGGUCGACUUUUCUAUAGCCUGUCCCAGGCUUUGAAAUAGUGGAUUGUGGUGCGAAGUUAGAGAACGGGAAAAAAAUAAGGAGAAAGAGGGGGAGAGGGAGAGAGAGGAAGGAAUUUCGCCCUCAUUCCCUACCCCACCCCUAGCUGUUUUUCCUGCUCACAUCUCCUUGCGUCGCCCUCAUAAUCUGAACUCCUGGAACAGGCUACUUUUUAUGUAACGUGGCAAACACGUUCGCUCUCACUUCUCCAUCGGCAGAAACGAUGUAUUUUAAGGUCACUAAUAUUUAAAAUCUUUCCUAGGUGCUUCUGAAAUGUUAGCUAUGGAAAUGAAGGCAUCAGGGAUGUACGUUUCUAGAGGUCUUAGUUUCAGACAGGCUGAGGUAAUGCAUAAUUUUAGAAAUGGCAUCGUAAUUUUCUGUUGUAACCAGAAGUUUUUCUAACAUACUGAAAUAUAAGGCUUUUUUUUGCAAUGCUUAUUUCUUCUCUUCUUUUCCUUUUUUGUUAACAAACUUUGAUAAUGCUUUUUUGUCGCAUUUCUGCAGUUUGUUAAUGUUGAGGCGACACUGACUGCGGAACAGAGAAAGGUUUAUGACACUGCAGUUCACGUUUGGUACGUAUGGCAAUGUAAAAAGGUUAAAUCUUCGUAUUAAAUAACUGCUUUAAGUAGACCACAACUUAAGAUGGAAUCAUUCAGUGGUUUGUUGUACCAGGGCUCCGGGAUUAACUUAUGUGAUUUCGUAGAAAUUGCACUCAAAACUUGUGCGUUUGUUUGAGUCAAAGCAAAAGCAAAACAACAAGCACAGUCGGUAUUCUGAGAAGUAACGGUUGUGUGUAUGUUUCGCAAUCAUAGUGUGAAUAUGUUUCAGCUUUUUUCCUUUUCGCUUUAAAGGAGCGAGUUAAAGAAGUCAUUAGAAUUUGCCAUUGGUCGCACCACUUCUUCUACACCAAGGGUGUGGUCAGUCUUUUGGUCCUGUCAUCAGCGGUUCUUUAAACAGCUCUGGUGAGUAUUUAAUCCCGUCUCUGGUCUUUUAGGGGCGGAUAUUACAACAGAGUUUAGACGUUAUUUAACAAAACACCGUUCUAACGCUCAUACCUUAGCAUCGUUUGUUGUUCAUAUCAACAAGAAAGCGACAGCGCAAAUUAGAAAACCAUUUAUCUACUUGAAAUGAGUACCCUACCGACUGAUUAGGAGAUCCUCUUAUUGUUAGACGUCGUUUAAGUAGCCGACCUUAAGAUUCACCUUAACAUUAUUGCCCUCUUAUUUCCAGUAAUGUUGUGCUCGAUGCUAGUUUAUUGGCAUAAGGCUGAGUCGGUAUUGUCUCCAAUUGCACCGUGGGACUGUUUGCAGACGCUAUCGCCGUUUUAUUGGAUAUUAUUAAAAACUUUAUCAUUGGAUAAUGCAAUUCUAGAGCUCUGAUUGGACUGUACGCGUUUGCUCACAAUUAAAAACAAGCUGAAAAUCGUUUGUUUUUACAAAUAAAGUCGGAGAGAAUUCUCGAUAUUUUGUGCGCGUUUUUAAUAAAACAAUUAUUCCACUUGAGCUGUUGGAUAUGAGAUGGUAGAUACCAAUGCGCACUCCUGGAAUAAUAGCCCAUUUUCGAGUUCGCUAUGACCUCUGAAUUAAAGAAGUGAAGACGCAUUUUUUACAUCCUUAGCCUCGAAGUGAAGUAAUAUAUUCACAAAUUCAAACGAGACCGAAAAAGACCUCUUUAUUACUCUGUCUAUUGUGUAUAUUCAAAUUUCAAACACUUACUUGGGCCAUCCCCAUAGAAUGUUUCGUUUCCCAUCGCCCUCCUCUCGUGAAGGUGGGUCGGUCGAUCGGGCAAAAAAAAAAAAAAAAAAAAAAAGAAUGAACACAUGAUUGCAUAUUAAAUCUCACGUUUAGUCUGCAAGAUAUAAUCAGAUGGUAAAAGAUGUAUAUUAACAGGACUAUCAAAUGUCUAAAAGGCUACAAUGAUAAUUUAAGACAAUUGGUGUUAAUAAGACAAGAUCGUGUGCUUUUAAAUUAAAGUACUUGCUUCUUUACAAGUGAUUCUGGAAUUUUUUUUUUUUUUUUUACUUUUUUGAGUGAGAAAUUAAUGAACAAGCAACGGAAACAAACCCUAGCCCUGAAAUAAUAGAGCUACGUACCUGGUGGAGCGAAUGAAAUUAUAGUUUUUAAAGGGCUUCGUGACAGUGGCAAUGUAAGGUAAUCCAAGACAGUCUUUGAUUCUGGAUUGCACGCUGUGGAUUCCGGAAUCGUUAUCACUGGAACUUGGAUUUGGGAUUUCCAAUCGUCAGCGGGAUUACGGAUUCCAAAGUCCAGGAUUCCGGUUAUCGCCCGAAAAUAUUUCCUGGAUUCCGGAAUCCGAAUUAGCUGAUCCUGGGCGGAUCAUUAUACGUUUCUGGGAAACUGCCCACCUACUCCUCCCUUAAGCUAACAUUUGCCGUAAGUGAGAAGCAAGUGUUGAUGUUGGCUUAGGGGAGGGGUGUGUGGGCAGUUUCCCAGAAACGUAUAAUGAUCACAUGGGGCAAUUUUGCCAGUAUCAUGUUCCACUUUAAGCGCCAGCAGGCAUUUUUACUUUGUAACCUUGCUUAAAUUGGGUCUGACAAUAGAUAAGAUGUAUAUGAAUAUUUUACAGCAUGAGUAUGAAAGUUCCUACCAUAGUGGAAGAAGCUCAGCAAGCAUUGCGGGCAGGAUAUUGUGUGGUCAUUGGUCUCCAGUCCACUGGAGAGGUUUGUUUCCUCUUUCUCUCCAGUUUUUUUCGUACGGGUUACAAUUUCUGAUAACAUAAACAUUCCUUAAUUCAACGGUAGCCAGUUUUAGUUUUAAAACGUGGUGUUUGAGACACUGAGAACUUCUUGCAAAGUUAGUAGAAAGUACGUACCAAAUAAUUGUUCGCCCCUCACAUUGUAGGUUCCAUAGGUAGAUGCACUUGAUGCAAAGUUAAUCGCUGCAAGUAUUUUAUCUUUCUUCAAAGGACGUAUGUACGAUCAAGUCAGUAUUUCUGUCGGACAAUACAAAAAAAAAAUGGUUGAAAUCAUUUCAGGACGCACUGUGUUUAACUCUGUACAAAAUAAUUCACUGAACGUAUCAUAACUUCCACCUGUUCAUAGCCUGUGUACAGCUGCACCCUCCCCUCAGAAAAAAUCGGAGAAGGGGCCCCUGUACACGGGCCACAUUUUCACUGCAUUAAUGUUAGUUUGUUGGCGCAACAAUCCAACUGUGUUUAGGCGGAUUUUGCUCAUCUGGAUUGUGAUAGUCCAGUCUAUUAAUUUUGUCCAGAAGUUAUGGUAGACCACAGUUCACUAGACUGCAUAUAGUACAUGGACUAGUUUUGUCAAUUUUAACCAGGCAUUGCCCCAUGACCGACUCGUAUUUGCAACUCCGGCUUUGUGUCUUGAGGCACAAAGUAGAUGAUCUAGUAAAUAGGGAGCUUAAACAACGACUGCAAUGGCAACGAGAACGGCAAGAAGCAAUAGGUUUAGAUUAACCGCGGCAGGAUUAGCUCAGUCAGUAGAGCGCUUGACUGCAGAGCGGGAGGUAGCGAGUUCGAUUCGCCGGGCCGAACCAAUACUCAGGGUCUUAAAAUAACUGAAAAAUGAAGGUACUUCCUUUGCUCUGCAAGCGGCGAGACCCUCGCGUUGCUCAGAUGACCACGUGAAAUGGCGGUCCCGUCUCCAUUAGGAGACGUAAAAAUAGCGUCCCCAAUUAGCACUUUCGUGCUAAAUACAUUGACACUUUUAGCAAUACAAUAACUUUGCACAUAAAUCACGCUUUUUUUUGUGAAUUGCACGUUUCCUGGAGGACGUGAACACAACAAAACCAUCUUUUUUUUCACUGACUAAGAAACCUUGGACUCCAGAAAAAUUUACCAACAUUUGCCUUCAACGACAUGGAGUAACAGCGAUGAAUUUUGAAACGGCGUAAACUACAUUCACUUUUUAGGAGACGUUUUGGCUACCACCGUCGUCAUUGCUGAUACUCCCUAAUGAUCAUGAGUUAGUGGGUGCUUGAAUUUAGGGUUUGGCUUGUGCGAAAGCAGUGUGUCGCUAAGGGUGUGGUCAUCAUUUCAUUUGUCAGGCAAGUUUGGAAAGUGAAAUAUCACGUUGUGGUGGAAUACUGAAUGGCUUUGUCUCAAGUACAGAAGAAAUCAUCAGCAGGUUUAUCACGCAGUAUUUUCCAACUCAGAUAAUCAAAUCGGUGAGUAAUUCUGAAGAACCCUGCUUAGCUGGUGGGAUCUAGCUCACGCGAGUGCUCAAUUACACGAGCGCUUUGGUUUUGGCUUUGUAGAUGACGAAGAUCUUUUAUUUCCCGUAGCGACUUCAGCGUCGCCGAACAAUGUUCAUGCGCUUUGAUCCCACCAGCUACGCAGGCUAAUCUCAAGGAUGAUACAUCACACAACCAAUGGAUAAUUUUUUAACAUUAAUACACUUUCUGCGUUUCACAUCUCAAAGAUUUGAUUGUGCUUCUCCUGUUGUAAUUCAUAAGCUACUGAAGUCCAGUCUAAUAGUCUUGUUUUCGUUUUGAACUAUGUUAAGUAAAUAAAAAAGAAAAAAAUUCAAGGCUUUUGUUUAUUUGUGUAGAACGGCGAUGUUGUUGAAGAUCAGUGGAGUGUUCAGGCUAAAAAUCUUCAAGGUUUUGUCAAGAAAAUUAAUCUUCCAGUCAGGUUUGUAUGAAUGUUAAGUUCUUUAACCCCCUUUAAAGGGGCCAUGGCAUGAGAAAAUUGCUGUUUUCGGUCAAUUCAUUACUUCUUGCCCUUACCUAUUGAGUAUAUACAAACAAAUUUUUAAUCAUGGAGCACUAACCACUAAUUUUUUGGGUGACUGUUACAGGCAUAGCAUUAAAACUUGAACAACAUGGUACAACGUUUUCAAGUUUAAAUCCAUGCCCAUUCUUGCCAUCCGUUGCAACAGACGACAGAAACAAGUUUCAGUGCUUAAAAUAUUCUAAAAUAACAAAUUUGCCGCCUUAUUUUUGGGAUUAAUCCUGGGUGGGGAUGGAAAGGAUCCUGUUAUGGACUACCAUACACUGUCUCACUCCAGCCAGGUGUAUAAAUUUGGGUACCAAAAGAUUUAAUCCUGGGUGGAGGUGGAAGGUAUCCUGUUAUGGACUACCAUACACUGUCUCAUUCCACCCAGGUGUAUAAAUUUGGGUACCAAAAGAUUUAAUCCUGGGUGGAGGUGGGAGGGAUCCUGUUAUUGACUACUAUCCCGUCCAAGGAAGAGCAAAAAUAUUCCUAGUCGCUUCAUGCUAUGGAGAUCGGAAUGUGCUACGGCCAAAUGGGCCACCUGGCUCGAUCGCAGACUUUACCUUCGUACCUUUUUGACUUAUUUUUGUCUCUAGUCCUCUUGAUGACCUUAUAAACCAGCUCGGAGGACCAGGAAAAGUAGCAGAAAUGACAGGCAGGCGUGGUCGCGUGGUAAAAACUGACAAGCAGCCUCAACCUCAUUACGAGGCUCGAGAAUCAGACAGCAGCAAUGUGGAUAGUUUGAAUAUUCAAGAGGUGAGCAAAGUAAUCAGAACUAAAUCUUGCGCCGUGUUCUGAAUAAAAUGGUAGAAAAUGCGAUUUACAGUCGGUAAUUACAGUCAUCAGCACAGACGUCAUCCUCGGCCGAGACCCUGGAGCAGGCAGCCAGGUCGAAAACUUUCGUCGCACGACUCGUCGCACCGUUUCUGCCGACCUGACUGACUGCCCCUGGGUCUCCGAGGAUGAACUCUGCGAUUGUCCCUUUCAUUUAAAAACAGGACCGUCGUUUCAGCGCGAGAAAGACAGCGUAGUUCUUGCUUUUGUUACAUGUUCCUUGGAUUAACUUUACAAGUGUAGUCCAACCUUAAAUUCUUACUCUAAAUCUGAAUGAGAUUCAUGUAUGCCGUGAAUUCAGGUAGCAAUCCGGUUUCGGAUCUUGGUUUCAUUCCCAGUAUUUUUCGCUUUCGCUAUGACAACCAAGUCCGCAUUAAGCAAUUGCUUGAAGCUCAAGGAUUGUCUCUUUAAUACCACAGUUUUUAGAGAGUUGUUUGAGUAUAAUUGAACAUUAAACGUUGUGUUUUUGAUUGCAUUGUAUCACAGAGGAACAGUUUUAUGAAUGGAACAAAACUUGUUGCCAUUAUAUCUGAUGCCGCCAGCACUGGUAAGUUCCCUUUGCAUCUUGGUUCUUUUCAGGGUUCGUACAGAGUCUUGAAUUCUUGAAAUUUGCCCAGCAAUUUUCCAGACCUGAAAAAAGUCUUGAAAAUUGAGGUAAAGUCUGGAAAAUUAGUUACAAGCUUGGAGUUUUUUUUUUUUUUUCAAAGCUAUAACAAGUGCUUCAUAAGUGAAUUUUUUCCCCUGGUCAAAUCGUAUUCAAUCUCGCCCGUAUUGAAGACAUUUAAUCACAGAAUGAGAACUUUUAUAAUUCUUGUAUGUCCGCGUUGCACCGUGGUUACCGUACGUUUGCAGUGCAUCAUGAAAAAGCUUGGUUCCUGCGUUUUUCAAGGUCUCUAUUGAUCACCUAUUUGUUUUCCUUGUGUCUGGAAAAAAAGUAUAUUGUUUUAGAAAAAGUCUGGAAAAAAAAUCGUGAAUUUUGGAUCCAAAAAUCUGUACGAACCCUGUCUGUUGAAGUUACUUAGAUAAAACCUUGCACUUUUUAAAUUCUUUUGAUACUUGAAAAUUGAGGGCAACUGAACCUCAAGUUACUUUCACGCAAAGAAUCGCUGGCUCAGUGACUGUUAGCGUUCAAUUGAGUUGCCAUUGCUUGGAAUUUCGCGCAGAAACUCGAACUUUAGAGUGAUGUUUCUCGACUUGAAAUUCUACUCAAGCCGGAAUAAAAGAGUUUUCCUCGGGUAAAAGGAAGCGCAAUAAAUACCGUCUAUAAGUGACAAGACAAGACAAGAUAAUAUUUUAUUUGGGUCUUAUUCCACCUGGUACAUCGACUGCUUUCCAAAUAAUUUAAAAUUACAACUUUCUAUGUGAUAUAAUUUGUAAUAGUCAUUGAAUUAUCCUGCACAGGUAUCUCGUUGCAUGCGGAUCUCCGAGCAGCCAAUCAGUGCCGCCGUGUUCACGUGACCAUUGAGCUGCCAUGGAGUGCUGACAAAGCUGUUCAACAACUGGGAAGAUCACACCGGUCAAACCAGACAAGGUACAUGCCCUGCCAAAACAUAAACAUUCCUAUCCCUUUGAUAUAAGCUAUUUUCUUGAGAAGAAGCUAGAGUUGCUGGAGGCGUACACUACAUCCACAUCUCAAUGGUUGCACGCUGCACGUUUACCACUUUUUAAUUGUACCUUCGCUUGAUCAGCCUUGUUGGAAGGGUAGCGUUCUGCCAAGCAGGUUUAAACCCGCCGUUCAAGCCCAACACCAACCAGGGUCUUCAAAAAACUGAUAAGAUCAUGCUGGCCGUUAUGUAAGAUCUUGUCUCAGUAUAGAUGAUCUGGUAAUCACGUCAGUAGGCGGUGAUGUUAAUCCAUUGGCCUUGUCUCUUUCACUCUUCCCUAACAAUUCGAAGGGGAGGUAAAAAGAACCCACACUGCUAUUCGUAAAGAGAGUGAGACGUAGACCUCUUUGGUGUGGUUUAUCUCUCACGUGAAGGGGCUGUCACGGGGCCGCAAUACUUGGCUUCUCACUUUUACGGUUACUCUGCCAGAAAAUGGACAAUCUAGUAAAACAAGAAUAAAAUUUCUUGUGACUAAAAUUCUGAAGGCUUUCCUGGAAUAUCAAUACUUCCAUAGUAGCCUGUGUACAGCAACCUCCUCCCCUUAGGAAAAAACCGGGAAAGGGGAGGGGGUGGCUGUACACAGGGUACUCUCAUGAUCACUUUUCCUUCGCCAAAAUCCCCUUUGUACCAUGGGAGUCAGAAGAGGGAGAUAUUACGUGAUAAUGUCCACCGUCUAAUUGGCGCGCUCGGGAGCUCCCCUUUUUGCUCUAAAUUUGACUUUGUUUUAAUAUCUGGCUCUGAGAGUUGUACUCUAAUGUUUUCUUUGUUUUUUUUUAGUGGACCAAUCUAUAAACUUGUAACAACAAACUUGGGUGGUGAAAGAAGAUUUGCUGCGGCUGUGGCUCGACGGCUUCAGUAGUUAGGU